UCUUGUCCUCAGUUGGUAUUAUUCUUCCUGCCCAUGUUGUUGCUCUUUGUGAGGGUAUUGGUGCAGUCGGAAGAGGCCAAAUGUGCGUAUAUCAUCAUCAUCAUGGCUGUGUACUGGUGCACUGAAGUGAUCCCACUGGCUGUUACCUCCCUCAUGCCUGUGGUAUUUUUCCCUCUGCUUGGAGUUCAGAGCUCUAAAUCAGUGUGCUUGCAGUACCUAAAUGACACAAACAUGCUCUUUGUUGGAGGGCUGAUCGUUGCAAUUUCUGUUGAACAGUGGAAUCUUCACAAAAGGAUUGCGCUGAGGGUCCUGCUGAUUCUUGGGGUGAAACCUGCACUCCUCAUGCUAGGAUUUAUGGUAGUCACUGCCUUCCUGUCCAUGUGGAUAAGUAACACAGCCACCACUGCUAUGAUGGUUCCCAUUGUUCAGGCUGUUCUGGAUCAGAUGGACAACACAGAGUAUGAUGUGACCAUGCUAGAACAAGUAACUGGGCAAACAAAUACAGUGAUUGAGCUGGAGGAAAAGAAUGCAUCAGAUCCCACUUCAGUGCAUGUCAUAAGCAAUGGACAAGUCCCUGAUGACCCCAGAUCUUCUGAGGAAAAGAAAAUGAGGAAGCGUAUAUGUAAGGGAAUGACACUUUGUGUAUGCUAUGCUGCCAGCAUUGGAGGAACUGCAACGCUCACUGGAACAGGACCAAACAUGGUACUGAAAGGCCAGAUGAAUCAGUUAUACCCCAAAAAUAAUGAUGUUGUGAAUUUUGCUUCCUGGUUUGGGUUUGCAUUCCCAAACAUGAUUCUGAUGUUGGUACUUGCUUGGCUUUGGCUACAGUGCUCCUUCAUGGGACUCAACUUUAAAAAAAGCUGGGGCUGUGGGACAGAGAGAACUGCUAAAGAAAAAGCUGCAUACAACGUACUGAAGGCAGAAAUGAAGAAAUUGGGCCCUAUCUCUUACGCUGAAUUCAAUGUCCUCCUGAUGUUUGUUCUGCUGGUUCUCUUGUGGUUUUCCAGACACCCAGGCUUUGUAAAAGGCUGGGCCACCAGGCUCUUCCCAGAAGGAGAAAAGUAUAUCACUGAUUCUGCUCCUGCUGUGUUUAUUGCCUUGCUACUGUUUAUCCUUCCUGCUAAUAAACCCAAAUUCAUAGGCUGGAAUCCAAGCAUGUCUGACCCUGAACAGACUGAAGAAGAUAUAAAAAAGCCAUUUUUAUCAGCCCCGCUGCUAGACUGGAAUGUGGUUCAGAGGAAGAUGCCCUGGAGCAUUGUGCUGCUGCUGGGAGGAGGUUUUGCUUUGGCUGAUGCAAGCGCAAACUCUGGGCUCUCAGCUUGGCUGGGUCAUCAAAUGACUCCACUAGGAUCUAUCCCACCGUGGGCCAUUGCAACAGUACUUUCACUUAUUAUAGCUGUCUUCACUGAAUGCACCAGUAAUGUUGCCACAGCCACCCUCUUCCUACCUGUCUUUUCAUCCAUGGCUGCAUCUGUCAAGAUCCAUCCUUUGUAUGUUAUGCUGCCUGGUACUCUCAGUGCUUCCUUUGCCUUCAUGCUACCUGUCGCAACACCGCCAAAUGCAAUAGUGUUUUCCUAUGGCCACAUCCGUGUUUUGGAUAUGGUUAGAUCUGGAAUAGUGAUGAACAUCAUUGGAGUCUUCUGUGUCACACUGGCCAUCAACACAUGGGGAAGACCUAUGUUUGAGCUGGACACAUUCCCAACCUGGGCAAACAGCACAACUAACCAGUGA